AUGGCCGACAUCCUCACUCAGCUCCAAACCUGCCUCGACCAACUCGCAACCCAAUUCUACGCAACACUCGGCUACCUAACAACCUACCACGACAAUGUUCCCGCCACACCACUGCCCAACAUCCCGAACGCCGCACCCGCCCUAGCAAAGAUGCCCAAGAACUCCACCUCCCCUCCAAUCCCGGCCUCAAUCGCCGCAUCCACUGGCGCCGCUGCAACGGCGGCACACGGACAAACAUCUCCUCCCCUCGUACAACAACAAAACCAACAAUCUGGCGCAGGAGCAGGGGCAGGAGCAGAAGAAGACCCCAACCUCCUACCAGCACCAGAUUCACCACGUACCUUCGCAGCGCGCCAGCGCGAACUCGCCCGCGACCUGAUUAUCAAGGAGCAGCAGAUCGAGUACCUGAUCUCUGUGCUCCCCGGGAUCGGGGCCUCGGAGGCGGAGCAGGAGGCGAAGAUCCGGGAGUUGGAGGGGGAGUUGAGGGAGGUGGAGAGGGAGCGGAUUGUGAGGGUUAGGGAGUUGAAGAGGCUGAGGGGGAGGUUGGAGGGUGUGCUUGGUGCGGUGGCGGUGGGUGUUUAUGGGGAGAGGGGGUGUGAGAAGUAA